AUGUAUUAUGGUUUUCAAAGGUUAUCCUCGGGUGAAUCAGCAACUCUACAUUCAUCACAACUCGGCCGAUUCCGUAGAGAACCAGAGUCACAACUCGGCCGAUUCCGUAGAGAACCGGCGUCACAACUCGGCCGAUUCCGUAGAGAACCGGCGUCACAACUCGGCCGAUUCCGUAGAGAACCGGCGUCACAACUCGGCCGAUUCCGUAGAGAACCGGCGUCACAACUCGGCCGAUUCCGUAGAGAACCGGCGUCACAACUCGGCCGAUUCCGUAGAGAACCGGCGUCACAACUCGGCCGAUUCCGUAGAGAACCGGCGUCACAACUCGGCCGAUUCCGUAGAGAACCGGCGUCACAACUCGGCCGAUUCCGUAGAGAACCGGCGUCACAACUCGGCCGAUUCCGUAGAGAACCGGCGUCACAACUCGGCCGAUUCCGUGGAGAACCGGCGUCACAACUCGGCCGAUUCCGUAGAGAACCGGCGUCACAUGAAGAUUGCCGAUUGUGA